AUGGCGUUCCUGGCCGCGCUGAGCGCGGAGAAGGCGAAGCUGAAGAAGACGACGCCGCAAGAACCGACGCGGGCGCCGACGGGCGCGUACCCGGUCAUCGGCAUGGCGAGCAUCAUGGCCGAGAAGGCCCACGGCACGACGGCGGCGCCGGUCCAGACGCCGCUGCGCUGGGGCGUCGACGGCGCCGUCGCCGACCGGAUCUGCUCGUUCAACCGCCACGGCGCGGAGCGCAAGGGCUGCUGGGCCGAGACCGCGUUCCUCGCCGCGGGCGCGCGCGACGAGACCUUCUACGACAGCGUCACGGGGAAGCCGCUCUUCGUCGCGCCCCGGGGCCGGUCCUGGGACGCGUUCCUCUCCGCCGGCGCGCGCGACGAGACCUUCUACGACAGCGUCACGGGGAAGCCGCUCUUCGUCGCGCCCCGGGGCCGGUCCUGGGACGCGUUCGUGCGCGAGAGCGCGGACCACGGCUGGCCGAGCUUCCGCGACGACGAGGUCGACGGCACGCACCUCGGCCACAACCUCCCGGACGCGUCGGGCAAUCGCUACUGCGUCAACCUCGCCUCCGUCAGCAGCGACGCCAGCAGCAGCGACGCCCUGGCGCGCUGCGCGGCGUUCCAGCGCGAGGCGGCGAUCGAGGGCGCGGCGGCGGCCAUCGAGGACGGCGCCGGCGCGUCCGGCGCCGCCCACGACCUCUUCGUGGAGCGCUUCGUCGCCUUCGCCGUGCUCCAGGAGCGGCACCGCGCGGGCCGGCUGCUCGCCGGCGACGACGCCGCCGCCGCCGCGGCGCCCGCCGCCGCCGCGCCGCGGGCCGAGGCGCUGUACCGGUCGAUGCCGCCGGACCGCUUCGAGGCGCCCCUCGAGACGCGACGACGCGGGCGCAGCUACCGCGUCGUGCGCACCGACGCGCCCGCGCUCGCGCCGGCCGCCGCGCGGGACCUCGCGCGGCGCUGCGCCGUCGGCAUGGUCGGCGCGUUCUCCGACGGCGGGUCCACGGUGCUCGGCUGCCUGGAGCCGUCGGCGCUCGAGGCGCGCGUCGGCGCCGACGCCGCCGCGACGAUCGAGCGCGCCGUCCGCGACCUGCGCGCGCUCGUCGGCGCGGCGGCCGGGAUCGACGCGCGGCGGCUCCGGCUCUCGGGCGCGUUCGUCGCGCGCCUGAGGCCGCCGGCCCCCGCGAGACGUCGCCGCGCGUUCGAGGCCCCGAAGCCCAAGCCCUACUGGAACGUGCACGUCGACGAGUUCAACGUCGAAUCCUACGAGCACACGGCGCUGCUCUACCUGAGCGACGACUUCGAGGGCGGGCGCUUCGCCAUGUACGACGGCGACGGCGGCGACCGCGUCCACGCGCCCAGGGCCGGCGACGUGCUCGCGUUCUCGGGCGACGCGUCGAACCUCCACCGCGUCGAGCGCGUCGCGUCGGGCUGCCGCUUCGCGCUGACGGCGCUGUUCCGCGAGGGCGACCCGGGGCCCGUCUUCGCGGGCGGCGCGAAACGGUCCGGCUCGCUCCGGAGCUGGGACGACGCGCUGCGGUCCGCGGCGGAGGUGUCGCUCGCGGCGCAGGACCCGCGGCGCUCCGCGCUCCUCGACGACGCCGACGCGUCGCCGCUCGCGUCGCGGCUCGCGGGGCCGGACGUCCGGCUCGACGUCUCGGACGCGCGCGUGCGCUACGACGGCCCGGCGCCGGCGGCGGCCGGGCCGGCGGACGCGACGCUCGCGGCGCUCGCGGCCGCCGUGCUCCGCGCGCGCGGCGGCGUCGCCGGGCGCGGCGGCGCGGGCGGCGGCGACGGCGGCGCGUGGGCCGCGUCCCGGGGCGGCGCGCGCCGCGCCGUGGGCUUGAGGAUCGUGUGGCCCGUGCCGGCGCUCGCGGACUUGAUGUCGGACGUGAAGCGGAGCGUCGCGGCGUCCGCGCCGGAGCGGUGGAGCGCGGCGGCGACGGGGUCCGCGGCCUUGGGCCGCGGCCCGUCGCGGUCCGGCCCGCCCUCGAGGAGCGACGGCAUGGCGAGCUGGGCCGCCGCGCCCGGGGAGUCGCGCGGCGAGCCCGCGGAGCCCGAGUCGAAGGACGGCGGCGGGCGGCUCCGGGGCCGCGGCGCCGCGGCGCCGCCGCCGCGGCCCCGCGGCGCGUGCUUCCCCUGCCGCGUCCGGCUCGGCGGCGUCUCGAACCGGGGCGCGCGCGGCGCGCCGGCGCCCCGGGGCGUCGCGUCCGGCGCCGGCGGCGACCCCAGCGCCGACGACGGCGACGCGCCGCCGCGCCCGAGCCUCGACGCGCUCGGCGAGCGCCUCCGCGCGCGCCGCGCGGCCAACGACUUCCUCGAGGUCGCGAAGAACGACGGCAUCGUGAGCGAGGAGGAGGUCGCCGCGAAGCGCGAAGCGGCGCAGGAGGAGGAGGUCGCUCCCAAGGAGUACGACCCGGACGCGAGCCGGUUCGGGAACUGCGCGCCCCGGACGCGCGUCGGUCCUCCCAUGGGCCCGCCGCCGCUGGCGCGGUCCAACACGCGGUCCAUCCUCCGGUCCGCGCGCGAGGAGUCGGAGUCCAACGUCUUCGACGACGUGAAACGCAAGGCCCGGAGCGCGACGCGCAAAUAUAGAAGCAAGAAGGGCCUCCAGUCGCCCUACCUGUCGACGUCGGCGAGCGCGUCGGCGCUCGCCUACCUGCGCCACGCGGACGCGCUGCGCCACCCCGAGCACGCCGUCGCCCGGCGCGCGCGGCUCCCGGACGGCGGCGGCCCGCGGCCCCUCGACCUCGGCGGCCUCUCGAGCCCGCUGAACCGCGCGGUGUCGCGCAACUCGGCCCUCGCGUCGGCGCAGACCCUGGCGCGCCUCGAGCCGCUCGUGCCCCCGGCCGAGGUCGUCGAGCGGUCCUUCGCCAAGGUGUUAGAACGGAGCGCGCGCGGCCGCGGCCUCGAGCGCUACGACGCCGUCCGCGUCGACGUCGGCGCGGGCUCGCCGCGCAAGUCCGUCGCCGUUGUUGAUGUGCCCCGGUCGCCGAACCGAACACCAUCAAAAACGCCGAAGCUCAACGCGUCGCCGACGAAGGGCGACGGGUCCCGGACGCCGAAGACGCCCAAGCGCGUCGCGAUCGCGACGCCGCCGGGCUCCGAGGAGCGCGACAGGCGCGGCGCGAGCCCGCUCAAGUCGCGCAAGGGCAGCGCCAAGUCCCCGAAGCGGCCGUCGACCACGACGGUGCCCGAGGACGCCGCGCUGCCCGACGGCGCGGACCUCGACGCCGCGAGCCGAAAGGCGACGGGCGGCGUCGAGGACUGGCCCUUCGAGCGCGCCGCGGGCGCCUUCUUCAUGCGCGAGGACGUCGACCCGGAGGACCGGGGCCGGAGCGUGCUGAGCCGCGCGGGGUCCAUCACGCGCGCGGAGCGCCGCGAGCAGCGCGAGGGCAAGCUCCCGCGCAAGCUCCCGAGCCCGCGGGACGUCGCCUACUACGACGGCCGCGUCAUGACCAUCGGCCCGCGCUGCCGGUCCGUCCACGGCUGGCGGAGGGGCCCGCCCGAGCUCUACUACCAGAACUGCAAGGCGCUCGACCUCGUGCCCGAGCCGGGCAUCACGGCCAUGCUCACGGCGCUCGCGACCGCGGACCGGCCGGCCGUGGACGUGUCGAAGCGGAGCGUCGGCGACGGCCUCGCGUCGGCGCUCGCGGGGCCCGCGGCCAAGGCCGACCCGGUCGCCGUGUCGUUCCGCGGCUGCCGGCUCGCCGCGGCCGGCGUCGGUGCGAUCUGCGGCGCGCUCGAGGCGGGCUGCUCGCGGCUCGAGAGCCUGGACCUGAGCGACAACCGGCUCCGGUCGCGCGCGGCGACGGACGCGCUCGCGAAACUCGUCGCGGCCGAGGCGUCGACGCCCGCGGGCACGCUGCUGACGCUGCGGCUGGCCAACUGCGCCCUGAGCUCGCGGGCGGGCGCGGCCCUCAUGGCCGCCUGGAAGGACCGGGACGCGGCCCUGAGGCUCUCCGAGCUCGACCUGUCGCGGAACGCGCUCGGCAACGCCGUCGCGCGCGACCUGGGCGAGGCGCUCGACGGCGGGUCGCUCGUGACGCUGAAGACGCUGCGCCUCGCCUGGACGGGUUUAGGCGGCGAGGGGGCGGCGGCCCUCGCGUCGGGGCUCGGGGGCUCGAACGUGGCGACCUGCGACCUGGGCUGGAACGCGCUCCGCACCGACGACUCGAACGGCGGCGCGCCCGUCGCCGCGCUCUGCGAAAAAACUCUCAAAAACGAGGCGCUGCUGCACCUGGACCUGCGCUACAACCAGCUCGCCGGCGACGACCUUCGGGCCAUCGAGGCGGCCGUCCAGGGCAACGCGGCGCUCGCCCGCGCGCUCGCGGGCCUGCACCUCGAGGGCAACGACUUCCGGACCUUCGACGGCCCGUUCCUCGCGCCGCCGCCGCCGGCCGUCGUCGGCGACGCGCGCGUCUACACGCGCGUCCUGGGCACGAAGCACGUGCCCCAGUCGCCGGACUGGAAUUGCGGCCUCGCCUGCUGGAUCUGCGACCGCUGGCGCGAGACGAAGUUCGUCUGGGCGCCCGGCCGGAGCGACGUCGAGCUCGACGGCGGCGCCAAGGCGCGGGACGCCGCGGCGUCGAAUCGCCUCGCCGUGCAGGUGAGGUGCGCCUUCGACGGCUGGGCGCGGGUGCCCUGCGGCCGCGCGGGCGCCAAGUACGAGUGCUGGCGCCUCGCGCCGCCCGGCGACCGGCAGUACUGCUUCGCGCUCGGCGAUCAGGACUUCCCGCACCAGAACGCGGCCUACGACCAGGACAAGGAGGUCGCCAGUCGCAGCGCGCCGACGGUCAUCGGCCGGCGCCUCGCCGACGAGGGCGACCCGCCGUGCCGCGUCGUGAACCGGCGGCUCGUGCCGCCGCGCGACGACGGCGACGUCGACUUCAAGCCCCUCCAGCGGGCCAAGAAGGUCAAGGCCAAGGAGGUCUGGACCUGGCGCCGGUCCAUGUUCGCGCCCUGCCACGAGGGCGACUGCGGCGACGCGUUCGAGCUCGACUGGGAGCGCGCGAAUCUCGCGCGGCACUGCGGCGGCGACGCGGAGGCGGCCGCGUGCAAGGAGGCGUGCCGCGAGCACUACUCAUGGUUCCGCACCAUGUUCCGCGACUACUGCGCCCAGUCCAAGGCGCUCUUCACGCUGGGCUGGAACGACUUCACGGAGUACGUCGACGACUGCGGCGUCAUGAAGUCCGGCAACCUGCGCAAGGCCCAGGGCAGCACAAGGGUGAUUCAACGCAAGGCCGACAACGACAUGGUCUUCUUCGGCGCGUGCACGACGGGGCCCAAGGGCCCGCUGAACCCGAAGAAGUCGCUGUGCCGCUUCCAAUUUUUGGAAGCCGCGGGCCGCAUCGCGUUCGCGCGGUGGCUCAAGCCGGGCGAGGUCCCCGACGCGGCCGCCGCGAUCGCCAAGCUCGCGGAGCGCAUGUCGUAUUUGGUCAAACCCGACGACGAGCCGGACGCGUUCCACGACCGCGUCUGGCUCGAGGAGGUCGAGGACGGCGCGAAGAAGCAUCUCGAGGGGCUCCGGCGCGCGUUCAAGGCCCACAGCGGCCGCGAGGACCAGCUGUCCAAGGACAAGCGCAUGUGCUUCGCGGAGUGGCUCGAAUUCUGCGAAGCCGUGGACCUCGUCGACGCGGACGCGGGGUUCACGGAGCGCGACGCGAACGUGGCCUUUUUGCGGGCGACGAAGACGGCGACGGACGAGCUCGCGAGCGACGCGUGGCGCCGCCUCGACUUCCCGCGCUUCGUCGAGGCGCUGCUCCGCGUCGGCGACCGCACGGUCGACGACGACGUCGACGAGACGCCGCCGGAGUCGUGCAUCGACCUCUUCGGCCGCGUCGCCGACGCGUUCCCCUCGGCCGCGGAGAAGCGGCGCCGCGCGGCGCUCGCGGCGGAGCGCGAGCGCGCGGAGCAUGAGGAGGCCGCGGCGGCCAGGGCCGACGCGGCCGAGGCGGCCAAGCCGCCGAAGAAGGCGAGCCUCGGCGCCGCGGCCGCGUCCGUCCUCGCCGCGAAGAAGGCCGCGAAGCUCCUGGGCGCCCGCGCGCGGGCGAAGCGCGAGCCGGAGGGCGACGACGCGGCGCCGAAGGAGAGCGCCGCGGCGUCGCUCCUCGCGGCCAUGGGCCGGCGGCCGUCCAAGGGCGGCGGGAGCGGCGCGCCGCGGUCCUCCGUGCCCAUGGCGUCCUAG